CAAACAAGCCCUAAAGCUUAAACCCUAAAAGUCCAAUUCUUUCUUCUUCUUCAUCAUCUCCCUUUUUACUUACUUUCUCUCCGAUAGCCACCGCAGCUUCAAACCAUCAGCCGUAUUCGCCAUGGGAGCGAAAAGAAAAGCUCUGAAAUCAAAAGACGAAGCUGAAGAUAUGAUAGAAGAAGGAAGUAAGUCAGGUAGAACAAUGACUGACUCUACGGAGAAAGCAAGCGAGCAUAUACAACAACUAGAAAGACUUAAGGAAAAGGAUCCGGAGUUUUAUGAGUUUUUGAAAGAGCAUGAUAAUGAGCUUCUUAAUUUCGACAGUGAGGAUAUUGAUGAUGAGGAUGUUGAGGAAGAUGAUGAAGACUAUGAAACACAAGAUGAAGAAACUGAUGCAGAUGAACCUAAAGUGGAAAAGGGGAAAAAAUCAUCUACAAAUGUUAUAACAAGUGAAAUGGUUGAUUCUUGGUGUAAGUCAAUCAAAGAAAACAAAAGUUUAGGAGCAGUUCGUUCACUUAUGAAAGCUUUCCGUUUGGCCUGCCAUUAUGGUGAUGAUAGUGCUGAUAAUUCUAUGCCAAAGUUUAACACUAUGACUAGUAGUGUAUUCAAUAAAAUAAUGAUAGUUGUUUUUAGUGAAAUGGAUGGUAUUAUAAGAGGACUUUUUAAAUUCCAACCUACUGGUGGUAACAAGGAGGCAAUAUCAACCCUUGUGAACACUAAGGUGUGGAAGAAUUACAAUCAUUUGGUGAAAUCUUACCUUGGAAAUGCUCUACACGUGUUGAAUCAAAUGACUGAUACAGAAAUGAUAGCAUUCACCCUGAAACGUUUGAGAUGUUCAUCUGUGUUUUUGGCGGCUUUUCCUGCCUUUCUUAGGAAAUACAUCAAGGUUCUCCUACACUUCUGGGGUACAGGAGGAGGUGCAUUACCGAUUGUCUCAUUUCUAUUUUUACGAGAUUUAUGUAUCCAACUUGGCUCGGAUUGUUCAAAUGAGUGUAUCAAAGGGAUAUACAAGGCUUACGUAAUGAGCUGCCAAUUUGUGAAUGCUACAAAACUAGCACACAUCCAAUUUCUUGGAAAUUGUGUAAAUGAGCUCCUUGGAGUGGAUAUUCAGGAUGCAUAUCAACAUGCUUUUGUUUUCAUCAGGCAACUAGGGAUGAUCUUGCGUGAGGCGCUCACAAUGAAAACAAAGGAAGCCUUUCGGAAGGUUUACGAAUGGAAGUACAUUAAUUGCCUUGAACUAUGGACUGGAGCCAUCUGUGCAUAUGGGUCACAAGCAGAUUUUAAGCCACUAGCUUAUCCCCUAACACAAAUAAUUUGUGGGGUAGCCCGUUUGGUUCCCACUGCACGGUAUUUCCCUCUUAGAUUGCGAUGUAUCAGGAUGCUCAACCGAAUAGCUGCUUCAAUAGGUACAUUUUUACCUGUUUCUCUCCUCCUCAUAGACAUGCUGGAGAUGAAAGAACUGAAUAGACCCCCAACUGGAGGGGUGGGUAAAGCGGUUGAUUUACAAGCCGUACUGAAGGUAAGCAAACCUAUGCUCAAGACACGGUCGUUUCAAGAAGCAUGUGUUUUUUCUGUGAUUGAAGAAGUAGCUGAACAUUUAGCUCAAUGGAGUUAUUCAGUUGCAUUCUUUGAGUUAUCCUUCAUUCCUGUUGUGCGGCUUCGUAACUUCUGUAAAUCUACAAAAGUUGAGAGGUUUCGUCGAGAAAUGAAGCAACUUGUACAAGAGAUUGAGGCCAGUAUUGAAUAUACCAACCAAAAGAGAGCAUCGGUUAAAUUUAUGCUAAAUGAUGUUGCAGCUACAUCUUUUCUUGAGGAUGAAAAGAAGUCUGGAGUUAGCCCUCUGUCGCAGUAUGUUGUAACCCUUCGGGAAAGAGCUCAAGAAAGGCGUGACUCUCAGACAGAAUCCAGCAUCGUUAUGGGCACCCAAUCUUCUAGUUUUGGAAACAAGAUAAGGGAAACUGAUGAAGAGCUUGAAACCGAUGAUGGCAAUUCCGUCUUUAGCUCAACUUGGUUACCAAAAAAUAACCCUAAGACUAAGAAGGAUGAUGAGACAGCUCCUCCCAAAGAGGAGAAACAGAAGAAAAAGAAACAAUCUGGAAAGAAAACAGCUGUGGAUGUUGACAUUGUUGAGGAUUUGAUCCUAAGUUCAGACGACGAGGAUGAGGAUGUUAUGAAUGAUGAUGAAGAUAAUAUUUCGGAGGAGGAUAACUUUGAGGAACAGACAGAGAAACGGAAAUCACAGAAAAAGGAGCAGAAAUCGUCCUCGGGUGGCAAAUCAUUGAAAAGAAAAGGUAAGUUUAAUAAUAAGAACAAAUCUAGGAAACAGAAGAGAACAAAUUGAUUGAUUCUACCAGAUUUUGUGUUAUAUUUGAUACCACUUACUAGGGUAUCUGGACAAAGGUUCUUAGAGAAAACAAUUUUGCAAGAUAUUUUUUAUGUUCAUUCUGUAAUACAAGUUUUGGCUUUUAAACAAGACAUUUAUUUUUAGCAAA